AAUGGUUCAAUUCAUGAGAUCUAUGAAAACUUAUAUCAUCGGGUGCAUCAUUUUAGUACUUUUUGCUCUCAAUUUAGAGGUUAAUCACGCCGUUCAUCCCGUUGUAAAUGCACAUGUGAUGAAUGAUUUAAGUCCUAAUGAAGUCUUUACGGUUAAUUGCAAAUCCAAUUUGGUCAAUCUAGGAUUUCAUGAUGUUGAAUUCAACAAGGAAUACAACUUUCUCUUAGUUCCUAACGAUUUUGGCACCACAUUGUAUGAGUGUAAUGUGAAAUUUGGAGAUGAGAAGGACUGGCGACGCUUUUCGGUUUACGACCAAAGACGAGACUUGGAAAGAUGUGCCGCUAAUUGCAGAUGGAAGAUUAGCGAUCAACGUGUCUUAUUCGGGUUUGAUGAAGUAACUGGCUACUGGGACUACUUCAGGUGGCUGUAAGAUUAAAUCCCCCAUCUUGUUCGCUUAAGAAGCAUUUUAAUUGUGCUGAAGAAAAUGG